AUGGAGCAACUUAUAGCUGACCAUCGCCCCUUCACGAAGGACCUUUGGCAUGGUGGAGUCACAUCUGAGCCCUUAAUCACUACUCUUACAAAUGAUGAAGAUCAACCCAAAGCUACAAAGACCAAGCCGGAAGCACCUCCCAAAAAUGCCUACAAGUCAAAGCCAGUCACCAAAAAAGUUCUCAAAGCAAGGAAGACAUCAAAGAAAAAAGACACGGUCUAUCAAGUCUCCAGGCUUCAAAAGGAGUCAAAGCUGCUUCGAAAAUUGCUUAAGCGCAAGAAGACUACAACUUCUUUCAAGCGCUCUGCCUUCAACACUCUCCUCGGACAAGGAUUGGUAAAAAAAGGCAACACUGCCUUUGAACACAAAGGAUGUCAGACUGAACCAACAAACGUCAACGUUCCGGUCUCUUUACACGAUGUAUGCCAGACGGAGCCAAAAGCUGAUUUCUCUCACCAUACGUCGCAGGCUCCUAUGGAGGAAGAUCACAGCCACUCGCCGGUCAUCAGCCAAUACGCGGCACAGCUUUACGGCUCAACUUCUCACAGCAAUUCCACAACUGGUGAACCCGUCCACGCUACCUCCGUUCACGCUUCACCCAUCCAUACCUCACCCAUCCACAAUCCCCAAACACCUUCAUCCCCCAUCAAUGUUUCACCCGUCCAUAGACGGAUCUUCUCUUUGUCACCCCUCCAUUUGACUCCCGAACUUGACAGUCUCCCAGGUUUCGUAGGCCAUGCGACAGCAAUCAACACAUUCUCAGCCACCGCUACAUCCAAACCUUCUUCUGUUCCCAACACCAAACCUUCCUCUGCUCUACAGGCUCAACCAACUGAGGACAGCAACAUUGUAUCUUUGAGCGACGGCUCUCCAGCUCCAGAAACGCCCAAGCACAUUCCAUCAAUGGAAGAAAACCACCUUGCAAAACAACUCUUGCGCUGCAAGACUGUCCCUGCGCCAGAUCUGUUAAGCCCACUACCUCAAAUUGAGUGGGAUCUUUUCGAAAAGAUCAUUUCCAAGUUUAGUGCUGCGUUCCAUAUUACUCCCUCCAAACUCGACUUCUCCAACAACUUCCUACUCCAACUAGCACAGCCUAUGAAAGGGACAACAACUUACCACAUGGAAAUCCUCAUGCACAUGCUAGCUGCAAGACAUAGGGGGGUCUUCGAGGAGCAAAAACUUGCCUUCAUUACCCCUCACCUUACUUUUGGAAUCCAGGCAAAAUCCAAGGAUUUCAACAAGUCAAGAAAGAGAGAUACCUUCGAAUGGGACAAGCUGCUGACGGGUCUUGUUCUCCAGCCCGGGAAGAAAUGGAUGGAAGAUGUGGUGACUGUCUACACACCCAUGAUAUGGGGCGAUAAACACUGGGUUGGUCUUGCGAUAAACCUCGACUUGGGCUGUGUCGAAGUCUUAGACCCUCUCUCCACUUUGUACAAGGACACGACUGCUGGUCGUUUCAUGGCUCCGGUUCUCAAGGCGUUACCUUCCCUUGUUAAGAAGGUUACAAACUACCAGCUCACUCAGUUCCGCGGCCUUGCACCUUUUACAUGGCAUCGUAUCAAAGACCUCUACAUCAACGAAAGGGGAGGCGACUGCAGACCUGUUACUGUCAAAUUCUUGGAAAUGCACGCACACGGGGAUCCCGAACACAUGUCAAGCAUCACAGACCGCGAAUUUGAUGAUUUCCGCAAACAGUACGUACUUGACAUCUACAAGACCAUUGUAAUGCCUGCUUACUACCCAGCUUAG